GCCGGCCACUCACCAGCUCCUGCUACAGCCGCCGACUCCAGCCACCCUCAAGGAAGGGAGGGAAGCGGUGCCCGUUUUAACCGGCCGCCGGCCAAUCAGCCGCGCGGGGCGGAGGAACGCGGCGAGUGUGUGGGGGGAGCCAUUUUGUGACCAAGUGUGAUCUGCGCAUCGGUUUCUACAUCUCGUCUAAAUGAUGCCAUCUCCAGCAGCACCGACCUCCUUAGCACCAUGCUGCAGCAUGGAUUUGUUACUACUGCACACUGCAUCAAAGAGUGACUGGAUUUGAACUUGCUUCAUAGCCACGGUGGUUUGGCUGCUGGAUACUGAAAAUCUCCAUCUCACAAUCGAAACAGUCACUAUUACGUGGUGCAGGGGCUGGCUGCACCACUGAAUCUUCUCUGAGUGCACCCCGCCGGGCUCGGACCUUGGACCUCCACUCCACGGCUCUCAUCGCGGAUUCGAUUUGCUCAUGCUCAGACGGGGCCCGCCGUGUGCCGACCGCUCUGGCCCAGCAGCAGGGCCAACUGGAUCAGCAGCUGCGGUUCUUCCCUUCAGGAGCUGUGACUAAGGUUGCCAGGUGUCCGGUUUUUGCCCGGAACGCCCAGCCGAAAAGGGACCCUGGCGGCUCCGGCCCCGACCCCACUCCACAGGGACCAGUUCGCUUCUGGGGGAACCAGCCUGACAGGCCCAGAAGGGGGCUGAGCCGGUGAAUCAAGUUGGAGUGUCUGUGUCCCCAGACAAGCCGCAGCCGGUUACCUACGGGGGACGCGUCGUGACCACUGAUCCGUUCCCCCCACCCCGGAAGGGGAGUUACAACUGCACAAGGCCGGGCUGCGAGCGCCGACCUUUGGGACUCUGCCCCCGCCUGGCAAACGCUGCUGGAGCCUUUUGCCAGCCAGCAGCUGGGUUUGUGGAGGGUGAGCAGGAGCCAGCGUGAUCGCCGGGGGAAGGGGCAGAAUGGAGUAUUCCGCAGAGCUCCUGUCCGACCCCAGGUUCUCACCUCAGCUGAUUAAGCUGCUGAUUACGAAUUUCAGCGUCCCCCUGGCCUGUGUCUCCAAGCCGCCCACCUCGCUGCAGCUGCUGUACCAGCUGGACCCCAUCGAGCUCUCCAUCCAUGGCCUCAUGACCUUCCUGACACUGGUGUCGGUCGCCAUCUUCCUCGAAGAAGCCAUCUACCUUUCAAAGAAGAUCCGAUGCCUGAUCAAGAUGAAAACCCUCAUCUGGAGCAGCUCGGCCCCCACGAUGGUCUCCGUGUUCUGCUGCUUUGGGCUCUGGUUACCACGCUCCAUGAUGGUGGUGGAGAUGGCUAUUGGCAUGUACUUCAGCAUAUGCUUCUACCUCCUCAUGCUGAUCAUGGUGGAAGGCUUCGGGGGGAAGGAGGCCCUGCUCAAAGCCCUGAGGGACACGCCCAUGGUGAUCAGCACAGGCCCCUGCUGCUGCUGCUGCCCCUGCUGCCCACGCAUCACUAUGACCAAGAGAAAACUUAAACUCUUUCUUCUGGGCACUUUCCAAUUCGCCUUCUUCAAGACAGCCUGUGUCUUUGUGGGGCUGGUCCUGGCUGAAGAUGGAAACUACAAUCCGGCUGAUAUCUCCGCUGAGAGCGUGGCACUCUGGAUAAACACCUGCCUUGGGUUCUCCACCAUCUUUGCUCUGUGGGCCCUUGGGAUCAUGUUCCGCCAGGCGAGGGUGCAUUUGGCAGAGCAGAACAUGGGGGCCAAGUUCGCUUGUUUCCAGGUGCUCCUCAUCCUGACUGCGCUUCAGCCCUCCAUCUUGAGCAUCCUGCAAAGCAGCGGCCAGAUCGCCUGCGCCCCGCCCUUGUCCUCCAAGACGAGGUCACAGUACAUGAGUGCGCAGUUGCUUAUCCUGGAGACCUUCAUCAUAACGGUGGUGACUAGGAUGUAUUACAGAAAACAGGACGACAAGGCAGGAUACCAACCUUUCAGCCUUCCGGAUGGGGACAUGGAAAGCAAAGCCUAGACAGGAAGAAGCGGUGACCAGAAAGGAGCUUCUGACAGCACAGAGCCAUGGCACAAGGAGUUUCUCCCACUUUGCCAAAACAUGUUCCCUCUGCAAUUUCACAGUGAUAGAAUAUUUCCCUAGGUAGCUGUCUGAAGUUUCAUUUGGCAAGUGACAUAUAGGAGGGAAACACAAUUUGCAUCCAGAUGGUAGAUGGCUCUGAAAUCCAAAGGAUAUGAACCAAAGUUUCUGUAAACCAGCUUCUUAGUGGAGGGGCCUUAUCUGUAAAGUGCCUAGCCCACCUCGGGUGCUGUAUAAAUACAGAAUAAAAAUCGAUCCAGGCACUUAAA